AUGAGUAUUCUGGGAGUUGGCUUUUAUUAUACCAUCUUUGUUUUCUUGGGAGGCCUGUUUACCAUACUAGCUUUGAGGUUUGCUAGGUAUGCUUAUGGAUUCAGCACAGAGAAGAUCUGGAUGAAAAAGGUAAGGGACAAAGAUGUCUGGUGGCCACACAAAAAGAAACAAACAAAGUUGGUCUACUGGAUAAGAGUCUUCUCUACGCAGGUAGAAAUGAUGCUGUCAGCUCAAACAUCUGUGGGGUAUGUACUGGAAUUCAAGAUCUCCUUUCCAGACAGCAACCUUUAUGUAGAUAGAGGCUUCAACACUUUCUUCCUCCUUUACUUUGGAUUACGGUUUGUGGCAGCAGAUGACAAACUGAGGUUCUGGCUUGAGCUGAAUUCUCUUGCGGAAUUCUUCACAAUCCCUCCAGUUUUUGUUUCCUAUUAUUUAAAGAGGAAUUGGCUUGGUUUGUGUUUUUUGAGAGCACUUACGUUGUUAGAACUUCCGUGAAUACUAUGGUUCCUCAGGAUCAUGAAGAACAAUUAUUCAGUCGAGUUCUUUGCUAUAUUUAUCAGCACCUGGCUCACAGCUGCAGGAUUUAUUCACCUGGUAGAAAACAAUGGAGAUCCUUGGGUUCAGCCUGCAAAUUCCCAGCCCCUCAGCUAUUUCAAAUGCCUGUACCUAGUGAUAAUGACGUCCACUGUUGGUUAUGGUGGUGAUGUGGUUCAAACAACGUUGGGUCGAACUGUCAUUAUUUUCUUCAUUAUUGGUGGUUUGGUACUAUUUGCAAACUUCAUCCCUGAAAUUGUGGAAAUUGUUGAAAGCCACAAAAAUUACAAAUCCUCUUAUGAAGUGGUGAGUGGGAAAAACUAUACUGUUGUCUGUGGUAAUAUCACUCUGGAGAGUGUUACUACAUUCCUACAAGACUUUUUGCUUCAGGACAAGUGAAAUGUUUGCACAGAAAUCCUUUUUGUGGGAGAGUCUCUUCCUAGUCUGGAGCUGGAAGCUGUGUUCAAAUGCUGUUCAGCCUAGAUGACUUUCUUUUAUGGCUCUGCACUGAACUCUGAAUAUCUGAAGAGAGUUGGGAUGGAAUCUACAAAUGCUUGUCUCAUUCUAGCAGAUGUUCACUCUCCACAACCUUAUGCUGAAGAUACUUCCAAUAUCAUGAGCGUGCUGUCUAUCAAGAAUCACUACCCAAACAUGAGAGUAGAUUUGCAGGAAAUUUAGUCUCGUAACAAGGUAUACCUGCCGAACAUCCCCAACUGGGACUAGAGGACAAGAGACAGCAUCAUCUGUUUUGGUGAACUGAAGCUAGGCUUCGUAGCAUAAAGCUGCCUUGUUCCUGGUUUGUCUACUCUCUUAACCAGUUUGUUCAUUGUGAAAGAGGAUACUGAGACAAAGAGAAAAUACUUGAAGGACAAAAUGCUUCUGAAAGAUGAAGACUACAAAGUAAUGACUUUUCAGCUCUCCAAUGAUUUUGCAGACCUGACUUUUACAGAGGUUUGUUGGUUGUGCUUUGUAAAACUGAACCUUGUCCUCUUGGGAACUGAACUCAAAUUUGGCAGUUAAGGGGAGAUUGACACAGAAGAGAUACCGCUUCUGAAAGCGGGACCUCUAGAUGUUGCUACAACAUCUGUAGUAAAGCUUCAUCGGAAUACAAUGGGCUUUUUUAUUGCUCAUUCCCUGGCGGAAGUCAAAAGGGCACAGUUCUAUUGUAAAGCCUGUCACAGUGAUAUACAGGAUCCAGAACAGAUUAAAACAUGUCAAUGUAAAACCAAGCCCCAUUACAAAACAUUUUCAGAGAAACUGAAAUUCUGUAGAGAAUUGCAUAUUUCAGAUGGAGAGCCUGCAAAGUCAAAGUCCCUUAGUGUUCUUCCACCUUGGAGUUUUGUUAAUAGAGCCAACACGGAUAACUAUGCACCCACAGCACAGUCAAUUUGUGACCCAGAUAACCUGCUAAUGGCUAUAGUGAGUGACUGUAGCUCAAUCAGAGACUAUUUCUGUCUCUCCGUCAGGGUUUUUGAUGGCCAAGGAGAGGAGAACAGCAGAGUCAUCCUAGAUUCAACAGGAAUGUUCCACUGAUGUGAUGCUGUUCCACUGCAGGAGGCUCUUCUGAGUUGCAAGGACCAAACAGCACUGAACGUGCAGGAUCACAUUUUGGUCUGCGUCUUUGGCGAUGCAAACUCACCGCUGAUUGGGCUGCAGGACUUCGUGAUGCCCUUAAGAGUUAGUAACUUCAUUUACCAUGAGUUGAAAGACAUUGUUUUUCUUGGGUCUUUGGAAUAUCUGCAAAGAGAAUGUAAAUGUAUUCAGAACUUCCCAAAGCUGUGGUUGUUCUCAAUAAGUGAUCUCUCCUGUGCAGAUCUGAGGGCAGUUAAUGUCCAGGAUUGCGCUGCAUGCGCCAUUCUGUCUUCCAACACCACUGCUUCAAGCAGUCCUUCUCUGGUGGACACAGAAAGCAUCCUAGCCACUCUGAACAUCCGAUCCAUGCAGGGUAAGUCCAGCUCAGCCCCACUAGAUGCUGUUUUCAGAGCAAGAGCAUUGGGGAAUCAAUCACAGCCAUGUUAUAAAAGGAUCCCCAUCACUACAGAGCUGAGAUUUUGUAGUCUCACCAAAUUCAUUAAUCAGGUUCCCAGUGGUAAUUCUGAGAUUCCAGAGCAAGAUCAGCUUUUCACCAGGUGCCCUGCAGGAGCUAUCUUCUCAGAUAGCUUCUUGAAUUCUCUUUUGUCUGUGGCGUACUACAACCAUCGCAUCUUGGCUCUGCUGCAGAUUUUGGUGACAAGCGGGACAAGCCCAGCACUGGGGGAACAGCUGUUGGAGAGCAGCAGGCUGCGCAGCAGUCCCAACAACAUGACGCACAAUGCCUCCCAUGUCAGAUGCAAACUAGCACUCCUGCCACUGUCCAAGAGGUUGUUAACAGGUGUCAUGGAGAACUCCUUUGGAGACAUUUACUGCAGAGCUUUAAACUUGUUUGGGAUACUCUGAUUUGAGCUCUACCACCUGAUGGAAGAGCCAAAUCCAUACAAGAAUAGGUUUGUGAUUGCUUGGCCUGCCAGUGGUUUGGAGAUGCUGUCUACGGAUCUGCUGUUCUGUGUUGUUCCAUUCAACAUUGCAACAACUGAGGACCUGUGA